AUGGGUAACCAACCGUCAAAGUCUGGUCCCGGAACUUCCGCACCUCGAAAGACUUCCUCCUCGACAUCACUAGACAAGGGUGGACUUGCGAUUACUUCCCAGCCAUCGUUCUCAAAGUCCGAUACUGUGGGGAGCACGCGAUCAUUCAAGGCACUAAGAUCGAAAAUACCAGGCACCUCGAAGACCGACAGCUCUCGCGAAUCAUACUCGGGCCUCUCAAAUGGGGACAAUGACAAUGAUACCGGAUCUGUUAUGUCCGGGAGAAGUGGGCGCUCCCGAACGAGCCGCUCCGAGGACCGCUCGCCACUCGCGUCCGUUGAUACGGGAAACUAUGCAUCGGAUGCUAUGCAACCUCCCCCAUCGCCAAUCCAAUCUGCGUCUAUGACAUCUGGAACCCAUGAAGGAGUAGCUGCUGCGCAGCAAAGCGGCGAGGUCGAUGUUGUUUCUGACCAGCCGGCGUCAGGAACUCUGAACACCCACCCACAUGGGCAACGGGCUGGAAAAUCGAUUCUGGUCAAGAAAGAAAACUCAAUCAACACUACCAAUAUUGAUGAUUUGAUUGCCGCUGCCGAAGAGACAUCGAACCAAGGCAUGGGGAUGGAUCCCAAGUCGAUUGAUAUUGACGAUUGCAUAACUCGGUUGAUAGAUGCUGCUUAUGCAGGAAAGGUCACCAAAGGAGUCUGCCUCAAAAAUGCUGAAAUUACGGCUAUUUGUGUGGCUGCCCGCGAGGUCUUCCUAUCUCAACCAGCACUUCUCGAGCUCGAUGCUCCGGUCAAGAUUGUAGGAGAUAUACACGGGCAGUACCCUGACCUGAUCCGCCUUUUCGAAAUGAGUGGAUCUCCACCAAGCUCUAAUUUCCUGUUCCUCGGCGACUACGUUGAUCGUGGGAAACAGUCGUUGGAAACCAUUUUAUUGUUGCUGUGCUAUAAGUUGAGGUACCCCGAGAACUUUUUUCUACUCAGGGGCAACCAUGAGUGUGCCAAUGUAACUCGAGUGUAUGGGUUCUAUGACGAGUGCAAGCGCCGAUGCAAUAUUAAGAUUUGGAAAACAUUUGUUGACACCUUCAACACUCUGCCAAUCGCAGCUAUUGUGGCAGAGAAGAUAUUCUGUGUCCACGGUGGCCUCUCUCCGUCUCUGAGUCACAUGGAUGACAUCCGCAAUAUUGCGAGGCCAACAGAUGUGCCUGACUACGGGUUGCUCAACGACUUGCUCUGGUCCGACCCCGCUGAUAUGGAGGCCGAUUGGGAAGCCAAUGAGCGGGGUGUCAGCUAUUGCUUCGGAAAGAAUGUUAUCACGCAAUUCUUGGAAAGGCAUAACUUUGACUUGGUUUGCCGGGCACAUAUGGUGGUUGAGGAUGGUUAUGAAUUCUUCAAUGACCGCGUAUUGGUUACUGUUUUCAGUGCGCCAAAUUACUGCGGCGAGUUUGACAACUGGGGCGCCGUCAUGAGUGUCUCCAGCGAACUUCUUUGUAGCUUUGAGCUUCUUAAGCCUCUCGACUCUAGUGCGCUGAAAAGCCACAUUAAGAAAGGAAGAAACAAGCGCAAUAGCACAUUCAACAGUCCGCCUGCAAACUUUAACCCUCAAAGUGUAUAG